CCUUGAAACCGCCGCUGGGUUCCAUGUUUGUACCCGAGCUGUGAGCAGAGAACUCCAUGUUGUAACAAAGUUUCCAGCAAUCUCCCCUUUUUAUUUUUUUUUAUUUUAUUUUUCUCCCUCCCCCGUUCUCUGUCUGUCCCCCCCAUGCCCCCCGCCCUGUCCCCUUUCCGCCCUGUAUUCUUCAUCUCUACAUCCAACCCCAAGCCCAGAGGGAGAAAGAAGUCACAGAACUCCUGGAGGAUCUAGGUCCGGAGAGGUGUGAUGGACAAUCCGUCCAUAUUCACCCAGGUCAGCCGAGAAGAUGUGAACUCCCCCCUGCAAGAGAAAGGUGCUCACAACUCAACCUCGUCCAAGAAACCUCGGAACCGAAGCAUCUUCCAAACCCUCUUCUGCUGUCUGUGUCAAGAGGAUGAGGAGCCACUUCCUGUCAAUAACAAUGCCCCCCUUCUGGUGGAGGAGAAUGGAUCAGUUGCCAAGGCAACUAAGUAUCUUCUGUCGGAGGUGAAGCCCCAUGAUGCUGGGAAGAUAUGCGUUGUCAUUGACCUAGAUGAAACUUUGGUUCAUAGUUCGUUUAAGCCAGUCAACAAUGCUGACUUUAUCAUUCCUGUUGAGAUUGAUGGAACGGUUCAUCAGGUAUAUGUGUUAAAGAGACCUCAUGUAGAUGAGUUCCUGAAGCGGAUGGGAGAGAUGUUUGAGUGUGUUCUUUUCACUGCAAGUCUGGCUAAGUAUGCUGACCCAGUUGCGGAUCUGCUGGAUAAGUGGGGAGCAUUUCGGGCCCGCCUUUUCAGGGAGUCUUGUGCCUUCCAUAGGGGAAACUAUGUCAAGGACCUGAGCAGGCUGGGGAGGGACCUGAAUAAACUUAUUAUUAUUGACAAUUCCCCAGCCUCCUAUAUCUUCCAUCCAGAUAAUGCGGUCCCAGUAGUAUCCUGGUUUGACGACAUGACCGAUACAGAACUACUAGACCUUCUGCCCUUCUUCGAGAAACUCAGCAGAGUGGAUGACGUGUACAGCGUUCUAAAGCAGCGCAGGACUGCUAGCUAGUGACUUGGAGGGGAAUGGGCUUCUGCGUGUAUGUGCGCUGCAGCUCACACUUGCGCUGGUCUGCAGAAGGACCGGAGAAUGGCUCCUGCCUCUGCAACUGCUGACAAGAGUAUAAUGGCUCUUGUUUAUCCAGCGUUCUUGCACCCUACACCUGCGGUGUUAAUAGGGUUUGUGGGUUGUAUCUUGCCGAUUACAUACCAAAAUCAUAAGUAUUUUUAACAAAUUUUUGAAUAUUUAAGUCUGCAUUAGCAUCAGUGAGGGAGAGAGAAUUCCUAACUACUUUAUAUACACCUUAAACCCACAAACUAAUGAGGAAUGGUUCUUUUAACUUUCUGAAGACAAGGAAUGCGCAACACUUUCCAAGUUUCCUCUGAAAUUUCAUGACCUUUUAUUUCUACAGAGUUUUGUUAGCAAUAAAACCUCUUAAUUUAAAGAAUGCUUUAAACUUGAAGCAGCUCCUGCUGUUGGUCUACAGAGGCCAUUUUUAAGGAAACAGGAAGGACUGGAAAAGGAUCCUUUAAGUUCCACCAAGGACCUAAAAGAUUUGGAAUUGUCUAAGUUUUGGUAAGAAAGUUUAAUAGUGAAAUAAUUUCAUGGUGAUUGUAGGGUGGCUUAAUUGCCAAUACUGAAAAAAAGCAACAGUCCGCCAGCCUCCUAGUAUUUAGAUAAUUCUUUGAUGGAUUGUAAUGCAAAAGGAGUAAUAGGGCCAGGAAAGUGUGUAGAGGUGUAGGUUAAGUGCAGCAUAUUACACACUGGGAUAUCUCCCUAUGUGCUGGUCACAGUUGGGAUUGCACUAGUACCUGCUGGGUGUGGAACGCUAGUAUUUGUUGAAAGAGGGAAGCGUACAGUUGGAAAUGUGCAUUUUUGGAAAGUUAGAUGUUUUGUUUUAUUCCUCCACCCCAAGGCAAAAAACAAAGCCCUCCAGUAGUGUUAUAACCUGAAUAUCACACUAUAAACCAUUAGGGACUUGUUAAUAGCAAACACUGCUCGCCAGAUACUCAGCUCAAUGAUCUGGAUCAUUUAUGGAUUUUGUGCACACGAUCAUGCUAAUCGCCAAGAACUGUAUAGAAGAACCAUACGGACGUUACAUAUCGCUCUUUGGUAUGUUUCUAUCUAAGCUGUAAAACGUGGGCAUUUUAGGGACCAGAAAAAAACACAUUGGAAAUGCUCUAUUAGAAGAGUUUAAAUCCUUUCUAUUAUGACUUGAAGGUGUCGAAAAUCAUUAUAGAGCUGCAGAAAUCUGGGUGAGCAAAUCUGUUGCCGCACAGUAUUGGGUGUGGGGAGCAGGGCAUGUUCCAGGUAAAUAGGAAUCUACAUUCUUGAUGUUUAUGGAAAAAUAUCCUUGAAAUGCAAUAUUUAUCUGACUGCUUGGCAAAAAAAAAAAAAAAAGAACAAUGGGCGGCUCUAGGCUCAAAGUUCUCUCUGCGAGAGGACUUCCUAGAUACGUAAAGUGCCUUUUUGUAUUGAUUAUUUCUGAAUGCCGCAGACGUUAUACACUGAUGGUGCCAAAUUAUCAGGGUUCCAGAGGAUUUAAAGGGCACCUGUCUCCUGUACAUUAUUCAGGCGCUCAUUAUGUGGGACGAAUCCUUAUACUAGAGACUAGUGAGUGUACUGAGGUAGGAGACACAAACUGCCUUGUGCCUCAGUGAUGUCCUGAGCUCCUAUAGAGUUCACUAUGGCUGCCUCCACUGUCUGUAUAGGAGACAGGUACACUUUAGCUGAUGCUAUACUUGUGCCUUCUUCAUCUCUAUUUGCCUUACAUCUUUAUCUGCAAAAGUGCCUUUCCUGAUGUUGUGUACCUUUCUUUUCUUGAUAGGAAUAUUUUGUAAACUCCUGUUGUAAAGGGUUCUGCAGUAUAUAGGAGAGAUGAUCCCCUCAGAGUAGUAUUUUACAUUUGCUAUGCUGUUGUAUUUGCCCCUUUAUCAUUGAGAGCUACACAUGACUUUGACCAGAAUGAAGUUAUUGCCAUGAACCAGGCAAAGUGGUCUCAACAUAACGUUUGUAUUUCCACCUGUCUCAUUGAAUGAGUGAUAUGACAUUGUGAUGUAAAUGACUGUUGCAUCGAGUCUGUAAGGAUGUUGCAUUAGUAUAUAUGGAGUUCCCACCGGUGGGCAGUCAAGAGCAAACUAAAAACUUGCUUUUUUCAGCUAGUUUAUCACUAUGAAUAUGUAUAUCUGUAUAUAUGAUUUUAGACAUUAUAGUAACAGUGAUAGGAAUUUUGGCAUUUCUUUAUGAUUUGUAGACAAUUGAUGCUUUACUCUAAGUGGGAAAUGUGGAUUUGGCCAAUCUUUCUCAUUUAAGGUUUUUUUUGCUUUAGAUAUAAAUUUGCCCUAUCUCCUCCAUGUUCCCAUCCAUAGUGCUUUGGUUGGAAUCCCUCACUUGGAACCCCCACAGUUAUCUGUAUUUAGCGGAUCUCGCAAAGCCAGAAACUUUGAUGAUUACCUUUGCGCUACUUGUCAGCUCCUGUAACUGCCACUUAAAGCCAAGUAAUCAUUUGAGGGGUCUAUGUACAGCUGCAGGUGUCCUUGCCCCAUUCACAGCCACGAUAGUUAUGACCUUCCACUUUAUCACUUCUCCAAGCUUAAUACAUCUGCCCCUUUGUUCCCUACGGCCAGCAUGAGAGAGGAGAGGGGAGAGCGGAUUCCAUGGACAGCUACUAAAGGUCACUUUUCAAACACAGGGGUAGAUAUAUUAAAAUGCUGAUAAGGAUCUUUAUAUGCAGGGUCCCGCUUCACCACAUUAUCGUGGUGAAGCAGGACCUCUUUUCCAGUGCAUUUAUUAAGGCUGCUUUGUUCGUUAUGGGAACGCGGUAUCUCACCCCUCUGGUGAUACGCGUCUUCCCAUAACGGCUGUCAUUCUCAGCUGCUACAUCCGCGCCUGCGCCGUCCCGUAACUCCUAGCCUUCCUUUCGGGAGUUAUGAGGGCGCAUGCGCAUUUUGAACGCGUGUAUUAAAACAAUAAAGUUUAUUGAGAGAAAAUCAACAACAACAAAAAAAAAGAGUAGCUGUUUGGAGACUGGCAUUGCCGGAUCUUAGAGGCGAAGAGGAACAGGGUAGGAAAGACUAACGUUCGGGCACACCGAACGUUCAUAAGUGAGCAAGCUUAUCGGUGCUCUGUCUAGAGGCACCGAUAAGGCAGCGGACACAUACCGCCCCUGCUUACAAUAGCGAUUCGAUGGGAUAAUGCAUCAGGGGAUGUGCUAUCUGCGGCACAUAACGUGUGCAGAUAGCGCAUUACCCCUUAAAGUAGGAUAGUAAAUCUACCCCACAGUCUGUAACAUGGCAGUUAGGAGCUGGUUGGCUGGCACUUUAUCUCCAUCCACUCUCAUAUCACUCUCCAAGUCUUAGUACAUAGACCCUGCAGACCCCUAAUUCUGGUGUCCGUAGCUCCCAAGUGGAGGAAUUCUGCCAGCAAUAUACAUAGAUCCAUAAUAAUGUUAAGUCAUUGAAACAGUUAUAGAAUAGUUUGUUAAAUGAUUCAAAGCUUGCAAAAAAAUUAUGUACUGUAUAUGUAUAUUUGCUAAAAACACUUUAUUGUGCCCCAGACUGACUCCAGUAUUAGAUCUUCCAUAGUGACACAGGCACUAUAGAAAGGGUAUUUUUAAUAAAGGAAUAAAAAGAGUGCUUGCCUUCAGCUUACCUGAAUGGGGGGUCACCUUUACUCUUCCUAGUAACGUAGCCACUAUUUCUUUUUCAUCCACUAGGGGUCACUGGAGUACUCUUGGGAUAUGGACGGCUUCCGCAGGAAACAGGGCACUGAAUAUUUAAAUUUAGAACUCUCCACCCCUCCAUAUCCCCGAGUACCUCAGUGUUUUUUCUGUGCUCAUGCACUAACAGAGGCUUGUGUGGAGCUCCCACACUUAUCUUUGAAUAUUUUUGAUUUUGAUUUUAAUUUUUCAUUUUUACCUUUUUAUUACUAUUUCAAGCACAUCCCUUCCCAGUUUCUCCUAAAAACAUGGGUCCGGGAUAGUGCCGCUGCACAGAAGCAGCGCAUGGCGUGUCGGUCCUCACAAAGAGCACCCUCACAGCCACACGCAGCUCACUGAUUGCUGCUACAGCUGGACGGAGCUUACAGAAAGAAGCCCCGUCACAGCCAUGAACAAGAGCUGGACGGAGCUUACAGGAGAAGCCCCGUCACAGCCAUGAACAAGAGCUGGACGGAGCUUACAGGAGAAGCCCCGUCACAGCCAUGAACAAGAGCUGGACUGAGCUUACAGGAGAAGCCCCGUCACAGCCAUGAACAAGAGCUGGACGGAGCUUACAGGAGAAGCCCCGUCACAGCCAUGACCUGAUGCACGGACAGAAGCAGCCCUCCCUACAGGAGACAAGGUAUGCUGGGGGGGGACGGGGCGGUCAGCGCACCCUGCCGCCCCCUUGUGUGGGGUCCGUGUUUAACCGCCGCCCGCACCCGCCGCUAAUACACAGCCGCUCUGUCCGGCCGCCCAGCCGCUCCGUCCGCCCGCCCCAGCCGCUCCGUCCGCCCGCCCCAGCCGCUCCGUCCACCCGCCACAGCCGCUCCGUCCGCGCUGUAUCCAGCGCUAAGAGGGGGACAACCGCCGCAGCUGAGGAUGCUCAGCGCUCACACUAGCGCCGCUGGAAGCCGCUAGCUCCAGCCAGCCGAACUCCGUUCGCUCAGCGGCUCUCCUCACAAGCGUCCCCCGCCUCCCUGCAAUGAAGGUCAGCUUCCCGGCACCCGCUCCCCGCUAAACUACACGGAGCACAGGGGGAGGGGGGGGGGGGGGACAAGGUCUGAUCACAGACAGCGUGCUGCAGGGGAGAGAAACUUAUAAGGCUGCAUGAUAAGAUUUCAUAUUCAGGCACCAUAGGUAUAUUAAUAGACUAUUGAGCCUAUAUUAUACACAGGAGUAUUGUACCCUAACCUGUGAUUAUCAGUGUAAGCAUGGCAUGGGGGCCAUUUUAACCAUGCUUCCUGUUUUCUUCCUGUUUGUAAUUCCAGAACGUUCCUGUCCUACAUCUCUAACUCCACCGGAGGCGCAGGGGUGUUAGUGGGAAUUUUAAUUCAGGCUUCACAUAGGCUGGCCAUGUGAACUGCAAUUCGGCCAUAUAUAUAUAUAUAUAUUACACAACUUAAGUAAUAAUUUUACUGAGUCGUGGAAGUGUCUGUCUUUGUCUAUUGUGUUGUCUGUCUGCAUAAUGAGUACGGCACCAGCAAAGACUAAAAAGAAGUUUUACUGCAAUGUCUGUACAUAAAUUUACCACAUGUUCAGUAUGUUUUGUAGGGGCCGCCGCUCGACAGAAGCGGCAAGAUCGGAGGCUCGGGUGACAACGCCAGCUCUAACGGAGGAGUUUCAGCCUUUGCAAAGGUCCAACUUCACUUUUGGUAACAGGGUGUUAAUUUAAUUGGUCUUAUAAUUUAACCAUUUCUGCUAUGUUGCAGUCUGACAAUUCUAUGCCAAUCCUCACGGCGCUAAAUAAGGGUGAGGAGGGCACAUUAGACCAGCAGUCAGAUAGUGCGGUUUUUGACAACCAGACAUUGAUAAUGACCAGGGCGUCAGUCUCUGAAGUUUACAGAGACUAAGGAGCCUCUAACAUAUAAUCAGUCGUAUUUACUAAACGACAGAGAUCUCCAAUGGGCUUCUUAUUUAGGAUAUCUUACUAAGAUGUUAGUAGAACGCGAAUAACCCGUUCUAUACCUCACAGAUUUAAGUUUAUUUGCCCGUUUCCACACAGUGACAUCUACAUUGGAGAAUCCGCCAUUGGUGAAUUCGUCUGUGUCAAACCUUAUAAAGAACCAAGAUACAUUUGGGUCACUAAGGCGCUCUAUGUAUGGUAACAAUGACGAUCACGUUAUACUUAUCGUUAAUCAAAUCUGAGAAGCUGCUGAGUAUCUAUGUACAGCUUCUGCUGCCGGCUGUUAGCUCGCUUCUCGCCUUUCAUCGUCGCUAGUUACAGCACGACAAGGACUCUGGCUGCAUUCUUGGCAAGCGGAGUCAGAGGUCAAAAGAAUACGGUGGCCAGAAGUUGUUUGGUCCUAAAUUUGACAAAUGCAUUUCUCAGGCCAAGGCGGUGGGGGGGAAGUCUAGUUUCCUGCCAUUGCCUCCUCCGGUACCAAGACGGAAAUACUCUGGUCCGGCGUUUAAAUUCUUUAGACUUCAGUCUUUUCAAGGCUGUGGUACAGAAAUUGUAACGCCAGGGCGCUAAAGUCACCAAUAAGCCAGUGGCUUGACGGGCUCCCAGGUCAUCUCGGAUUUCCAAUUGUGGGAGCGCGCCUUUAGACGUUACAUUAGCCGGGAUUCCAGACAUCCACUGAUGGAUGUAUCCGCAAUUUAGGGUUAAAAGAAAGCUGUCUCCCGCCACUGCGCUUUUUCAAGACAGGACUGCCUCUGUCGGAUGACAAGAAGGCGUUUUGGCAGAUUGCCAUUCAGUCUCUGCUGGAUUCAGCAGUUUUUAAUUCUAGGCCUACACCAACAAGGUCAGGAUUAUUAUUCCCGUCUGUUUGUGGUACCGAAGCCGGAGGGCUCCGUCACAGUCUCAAUCAGUAAGUCACUUACUACAGAUUGAAGAUGGAAUUUCUGCGGUCAGUAUUUGCAGAUUUGGAGUCACAAAAUUGCAUGAUUGCACUUGAUUUCCAGGAUGCGUACUUACACAUUCCGAUUUGGUCACCUCAUCAGAGGUUCUUGCGUUUUGCAAUACGCCACACCAUUAACAGUGUCAGGCUCUACCGUUUGGCCUCUCGUCAGCGCCACGGAUAUUCACCAAGUGAUGUUUGUGAUGAUAGCUCAUCUCAGAUCCCUGGCAGUGACAAUCGUUCCGUACUUAGACGAUCUGCUCAUAAGAGCUCCGUCUCAACAGAUGCUCCUCCAACUUGCGCUGCUAACGUACACCACGGUUGCAGUGUCAACUUCAAGAAAUCGCAUCUCAUUCCGUCUUAACGACUUCAAUUCCUAGGUAUGAUUCGAGAUACGGUAAAUCAUAGAAUUUACCUACUACACCAGAAAGUACAGAUUAUUCGCCAUCUGGUACAAUUAGUGUUCAAGCCACGCACACUCUCGGUACAUUUGUGUAUUCGCCUAUUAGGAACAAUGGUGGUGGCUUUCGAAGCGCUUCAGUUCGGAGGUUUGCACUCGCGUCCAUUUCCACAGCAUGUGCUCGCACAGUGGUUGCCCUCGCAUCGGCAGAUUCCCCACAGGGUGAGGUUGUCCCCAAGGGCGAGGGUGUCUCUACUCGGGGUAAGAGUCUCAGAAGUUGGGGAGCUGUAGUUUAAAAUUGUCAGCGACAGGGUCUCUAGGCGGAUCACGACAGAUUGCUGUCUUUAAAUGUCCUGAAACUCCGCGCAAUUUACAAAGCACUACAUGCUUCGCUCUCAGACUGGCCAAGUGCAGUCAGACAACGCGACGGCAGUCGCAUACAUCAACAACCAGGGAGGAACGAGCAGCUGCAUGGCAAUGCGGGAAGUAGCUCGAAUCCUCAAUUGGCCAGAAUACCACCAGGUGAUAUUGUCGGCAGGGUUCAUUCCGGGAGUGGACAACUGCGAGGCGGAUUAUCUCAGCAGUCUGAAUUUUCAUCCAAGGACUGGGCAUUAAAGCCAGAGGUGUUUCACAUGUUGGUCCACAGGUGGGGUUACCCUCAGGUGGAUCUGAUGGCACCUCGCCACAAUUACCAAACGCCCCAGUAUGUGUCCAGAACCAGAGAUCCAAAGGCAGUGGCGGUGGAUGCUCUCACAAUCGCGUGGCCGUACAGCCUCGUGUAUCUGUUUCCACCGUUUCCACUACUCUCUCGGUUGCUAAAACGGAUCAAAAGAGAGUCCGUCCAGUCAUACUAGUGGUGCCUCAUUGGUCUCGGAGAGCUUGGUUCUCGGAUCUCCGCGGACUACUCACAUAAGAUCCUUGGUCGCUCCUACUACGUCCAGACCUGUUACAACAGGGUCCAUUCUUUUACCCCGGUUUAGCGCGGCUGCGUUUGACGGGGUGGCUGUUGGGACCGCCCUCUUAAGAAGAGAGGGCAUUCCAGUAUCGGUUAUAACAACCAUGUUACGUGCUAGGAAGCCGGUUACGGCAGCUCAUUAUUACAGAAUUUGGCGUGCCUAUAUAGGUUGGUGUGAAGCUCGGAAGUUUCCGACAUCAUCUUUCAAGUUAUCCCGUCUUUUGUUAUUUCUACAGACGGGGUUAGAUGGAGGACUGCGUUUAUCUACACUAAAGGAGCAGGUAUCUGCGUUGUCAAUUUAUUUUCAAAGACGAUUGGCUCUAUUGCCGUCGGUACACUUUUCUACAAGGUGUCCUCAGAGUACAGCCUCCAUUCAUUCCACCUACAGCGCCAGGGGACUUGAAUCUGGUUUUAGAUUUCUUACAGUCUUCAUAUUUUGAACUUUACAGCAAGUGGAUAUAAAGUUUCUCACUUGGAAAACAAUUUUUCUUCUAGCCUUAGCUUCGGCAAGGCGUGUUUCACAUUUAGGUGCCUUGUCAUGUAAGCCACUGUAUUUGGUGUUUCAUGAUGACAGAGCGGAACUUCGGACGAAUCCCGCUUUCUUACCAAAGGUAGUGUAAUUUUUUUACAUCAUUCAACCAAUAGUAGUUCCUGUGUUAACAACACAUUCAGGAACUCUGAAUGUGGUACGCGCAUUACGCGUUUAUGUAUCCCGAAUGUCUACAGUUCGUAAUACGGAUACGUUGGUUGUUCUCUAUGAUGCUGCCAAGAUGGGUUGGCCAGCGUCUAAGCAGACCUUAUCCAGAUGGAUAACACUGACUAUACGUCAGGCGUACCUUAAUGCUAGGUUACAGCCGCCUACAUCAGUAAUAGCUCAUCCCACAGGUUCUGUGGAAACUUCAUGGGCAGCUGGUCGUGGAGCUUCUAUGACGCAGCUUUGCCGUGCGGCUACAUGGUCUUCAGUGCACACGUUUGUGCGCUUUUACAAGUUUGAUACGUUUUGCGGCAUCAGCAUCUAGCUUUGGCCGUCUAGUGUUACAGGUGUCAAACAGCUCUCCCGCCCACGUGGGAAGCUUUGGUACGUCCCAAGAGUACUCCAGUGACCCCUAGUGGAUGAAAAAGAAAAUAGGAUUUUGGUACUUACCAGGUAAAUCCUUUUCUUUGAAUCCAUAGGGGGCACUGGACGCCCACCCAGAGCAGUUUUACCUGGUUUGUAUUAAGCUCAGGGGAUCUUAUGGUAACACAUUUUCACCGAAUGGUUCAAAUUAUAAGGUUCUAUCGGUUAUGGUGUCAACUGUUUAGUUGUCAGUAACGUUAUGUGUCAACUUUGUUGUUGUCCGUUAUGUUAUAUGUAAUUCUCCAUUGUCAACCUCUCUAUAGUUCCUGUUCGGCUCAGUAAAAAACACUGAGGUACUCGGGGAUAUGGAGGGGUGGAGAGUUCUAAAUUUAAAUAUUCAGUGCCCUGUUUCCUGCGGAAGCCGUCCAUAUCCCAAGAGUACUCCAGUGCCCCCUAUGGAUUCAAAGAAAAGGAUUUACCUGGUAAGUACCAAAAUCCUAUUAUCCCAUCCCCCCCCCCCUCCAUGUCCUACAAAGAUGAGCCUCUAGGUUAUCCUGCCCAUGUCCACUUCUUACCUUGUGUCUAGGAGGGACAGAGUGGCAUAUUCUCUUGGCAUUCGCCGCUCCACUCCAAACACAUUACCAACAUGGAGGAACAGCAGUCAGCAGCUUUGCAAGCAAGAGACUGGUGGCAGCUGCUCCACAAUGUCACUAGCGGCCCAUAGUGAGGGGACGCUGCAAUGAAAAUAAAUACACUGAUGGAACAAUGUUAUGUAACUCAUUCAGUGUUUUUGGUGCCCCCGUAAACACUGGCACCCUGGCCUAGGUCUGUCUGGUGGUGGAAGCCCUGGCCAUAACUGCAAAGGUGUCCGGGUCUGAACUAACUGUCCUCUAAUAUAGGUUCCUACCUUUACUGUAUGAGCAGUCUGGUGAUUUUGUUUCUAUUCAUAAACACUAUUCUACUGA